UCUCCCCAAGGCCCAAACAUAUUCCAUCACUAACAAUUCCAGCGCACUCAAUACCCUUUCAAGACAAUGGCUGCCCUCGCUUGGAUGAUCGUCGCCGUAGUUGGUCUCUGCAUCAUCAGCAGUGACGCGGCGGUUGCGACGCCGGCGUCGGCGUCGUCGACGGACGCGUACUCGUUCCCUGACCACUCCUGCGGCGUGAUUCCGGUGGACCCAUCGAGCCCGUUGGGUCAGGCGAGAAAAGGGAUCCUCGUCAACGUGGUCAACGUCCACAACUCCCAUUCCGGCGAGUUCUCGACGUGCAUCAACGUGAACAGCUUGUUGUGGGCUCGGGCUGCCUGCCCCGACCCGACCUCGGCCUCGUGCCCGGCCUGCCUCGGCGAGGCUCAGGCUUUCUUGGACCAGAACUGCAUGUACUUUGACGAGGGAAGGGUUCAAGAGAAUGCUAUGACUUGUAACAUGGCGUUCGGUGAUAAAAGUGUUUGUGAUUAAUAAAAUUCAUAUUUUUCUUUGAUAAACUAGAUCAGGACCCGCCCGUUGGCCGGAUCAAUUUCAUUAAUAGUAUAAAUAACAUUAGUAAUUGCCCAAAGCAAAACAUGGUUUAUUUCAUACCAUAAAAAUUUCAAAUCAUUUAAUUACUGAAAUCAUGCUCUUAUAAUUUUUAACAUGCAAACCCGAUUUACUAAUGGAAGUUCUUACUCAAAGUAGAAAACAAAAGUCAUGCAAGGAAAUUGACUCCUAAGAAUUUAAUAAGACUACCACACUAUUUACUCCUCGAUGUCAAGAAUUAUAGCAAAUUCCAUUUUGGUUUUCUUGUGAUGGCUCGGCUACGCCUCUAAAGCACCGUCAUCUCCACCAAUUACAAAGUUUUUGUGUUCCUUAGCGAAAUACUGUUCUUCACGAUAGGUUGUUCGUCCUUUUUUACAUUGAAAGCCAGUAUUUAAUAAUCAAAUGUUUGAAAAUAUUGAUUAUUACACAGUAAAAUUUAUAUCUCACAAACAUUUUAUGAGACUUGUUCUUUCCCUAACGCCGAUAAACAACCAUGUGACCAACAAAAAAUUUGAUAAUCUAUAGAUUGAAAACUUAAUGAAUAAUAGUAGAUGUUGACUAUUUUGUAAUAGAUACGUUUCAUUUUUUUUUCUUACAUGUCUGCAAAUUUGGUUGCCCAAUUGUAAAAAUGGCUUAGGUGACAUAAUCAUUCUAAGUUGAAUUUAAGAAGAUAUGAAAAUUAGUAAAUGGUUGCCCAAUUGUAAAAAUGGCUUAGGUGACAUAAUCAUUCUAAGUUGAAUUUAAGAAGAUAUGAAAAUUAGUAAAAGUCUAGUAAGCAAGGUUAUAUAUACCCACUUUCAUAACAAUCUAACAAAAAAUUGAUGGUGGGGAUAACAUUAAGAAUUGUCGUAGAGAUCGGGUACCACAAUUGAAGAAUUCAUAAUUUAUGAAUGCUAUUAUAUAUGAUUCAAUAGAAUGCUUGACUAACAUAUUUAAUUUUUUACUCCAAAAUAUGUCAAAAUAUAUAUUAUUUUAUAUAAUUUUUUUGUUUUGUUAAAAUUUUGCAAUUUAAAUUAUAAAAUGAAUAAUUAAAAACUAAUAAGAGAGUGCUUAUGCACCUGAAUUAUACACCUAAUAUGUUAAUAAACUAAUAAUAAUCUAAAUUAUCUAAAUGGAUACAACAAAACACCGUUGCUAAUAAUAUAUAUAUAACAAAUAUAUAAACAAAAUUUAUAAUGUUUAUAAUAUCGGUGCUUUCAAUAAAAUUUUUAUGUUACAAAUUGAAUUUGUACUUUUAAUGUUAUAGUUAAAUUCAGUUUGAGUCUACACAUUUUCGUACAAUUUUUUAUAGUAUUAAUUAAACUUGUACUUUUAAUGUUAUAAUACAAAUUUACUCAAUACAUAUAACUUUUCAUCCAAAUUCAUUUAUGAUACAAACUGAAUAUUUACCUUUAAGGUCUUGGUAUAGUCUAUACAGGCGUAUUUCGUACAAAUUACUUUACGAUUCAAACUAAACUAUACUUUUAACAUUGUAAUACAAACUCAACUUGUAACAUCAAUAUUUUGAUGUAUAAUAAUGAGCUCAUAUAUAUUUAAAUAAUUAAACAGUGAUGGGUAGUGGCUUUCUUUUUAGUUGGAGUCCAUGGAGUCACGAUUUUUUCAGUUAAUAAGUGGACUUUCUCUUUAGUUGGAGUCCCAAAUUUUUUAAUUAUUAACUGGCUAUUUUAAGCUAAUGACCAAAUAAUCCUUCCUUGUUGUGCGCAAAAGCUAGGGAAAAGCUAAUUAGGUGGGUUGUCAAGAAGAAUCUCUAUAUAUUGUUUCUAGGAUUUGUUGAAAAAAAGAUAAUGGAUAGU